AUCACAAUACAUCUUCCCAUUACACAACAAAACAAAACAAAAUAUCUUGUCUUCUUUAAUAACUUGAAGUCACAAGUUCUUUGUUGUUCAGCUACUUCCUCUUCCCACUUUCAUCAUACGAAGUGGGUUUUGCUGAACACAGAACGAAAAACUCUAAAUUCUUUUUAAAAGAAAAUGGAUUUCUCCGCCUUGUUCCUCACUCUCCUCGUCGGAAUUCUCUUCCUCUACUUUCUCCGGUGCUACAACUCUCAGCGCCGCCGUGGAUCCUCGAAACUCCCACUCCCGCCGGGAACAAUGGGUUGGCCUUACGUCGGCGAGACUUUCCAGCUCUAUUCUCAAGACCCUAAUGUCUUUUUCGCAUCCAAACAGAAAAGGUACGGAUCGGUGUUUAAGACACAUGUACUAGGAUGUCCAUGUGUGAUGAUCUCAAGCCCUGAAGCUGCUAAGUUCGUGCUGGUGACCAAGUCUCAUCUCUUUAAACCUACUUUUCCGGCGAGUAAAGAGAGGAUGUUGGGGAAACAAGCCAUCUUCUUCCACCAAGGUGAUUACCACGCCAAACUCAGGAAGCUCGUUCUCCGUGCUUUCAUGCCUGAAGCAAUCAGAGACAUGGUUCCCGACAUCGAAUCAAUCGCACAAGAUUCUCUCCGAACCUGGGACGGAACAAUGAUCAACACUUACCAAGAAAUGAAAACUUACACAUUCAACGUUGCGUUGCUGUCGAUCUUCGGAAAAGACGAGGUUUUAUACAGAGAAGAUCUAAAGCGAUGCUACUACAUUCUCGAGAAAGGCUACAACUCUAUGCCUAUAAAUCUCCCUGGAACGCUCUUCCACAAAGCCAUGAAGGCACGCAAGGAGCUCUCGCAGAUCCUCGCCAGGAUCUUAUCAGAGAGAAGAGAGAAGAGAUCCUCACACAACGAUCUUCUCGGUUCAUUCAUGGGAGACAAAGAAGAGCUGAGCGAUGAACAGAUCGCCGAUAACAUAAUCGGAGUAAUCUUUGCGGCUAGAGACACGACGGCGAGUGUGAUGGCGUGGAUCCUCAAGUACUUAGCUGAGAAUCCCAACGUUCUAGAAGCCGUUACUGAAGAGCAGAUGGUAAUAAGGAAAGACAAAGGAGAAGGAGAGUCUCUAACUUGGAGUGAUACAAAGAAGAUGCCAAUAACUUCAAGAGUCAUUCAAGAAACAUUAAGAGUCGCUUCAAUCUUAUCUUUCACAUUCAGAGAAGCUGUUGAAGAUGUCGAGUAUGAAGGUAUUAACAUAAAAUUUACAAAUCAUUUUCAUGAAUCCCAAACCAUAUUCUUUGAAUUUAUUUAUUUUUACUUUGUUGCAGGAUAUUUGAUACCUAAAGGAUGGAAAGUGUUGCCUCUUUUCAGAAACAUUCAUCAUAGUGCUGAUAUCUUUUCAAAUCCUGGGAAGUUUGAUCCAUCAAGAUUUGAGGUGGCUCCAAAACCCAAUACUUUCAUGCCAUUUGGCAAUGGAACCCACUCAUGUCCUGGCAAUGAAUUAGCCAAGCUUGAGAUGUCUAUCAUGAUACAUCAUCUAACCACCAAGUACAGAUGGUCAGUACAAGGAGCGAGCGAUGGGAUUCAGUAUGGACCCUUUGCGCUUCCCCAAAACGGACUGCCCAUUAUGCUGGCCCGGAAGUCGGAGAUUGAUAUGUGAUUCUAUAGUUGAAAGAGGAGGAAGGAGCUAUAGAAGAAAAACUAGAUAAUUUUAUUUUUUUCUUGCUAAUGAGUAAUAGGGAGAAAUGGAGAAAAACAGAAAGAAAUCAAAGAUUUUGGUAGAAAAAAAAACCCAAAAUGGGAAUCAGGAGAAACCACCAACUGUACAAAAAUUCCAAUUUUUUCUUAUUGUUUUGGAUUAUGAUGGAAAAAGUUGGUCACUGAAUUUUAAAUACAGAGAAAACGUAUGAAUAUCUAAUGUACUUUCUUCAUCUACAAAAAAAAAU